AUGUAUCAGCACAGCUCAUUCGUCGUCGUAGGGAACGUAUAUCUUGGAUUGACGUUCUGUAUCGUCACGGAGGCUGUGAGCCGAGAGGCCUGGCGCGUCGAUGAAAAACGCGAAGUCUUGCGGAAAGAGAUCGUCCAGCGCCAGUUCGAAGUCGGUAUCACUCUUCCAAGCGAGAACGAGGUGUCGGUCCUCAACUACGGGCGUGCCCUGCCCGUGCGUUGGAUCGAGGCUCGAGACAUCGACUCGGUUAGUCGGUGGUUCACAUGGACAACGAUCGCCACAUACAAAAUCUGGUUGAAAGUGGGGAUGUCGACUGUGGCGACCAUCGCACCAUCCGGGUCGGGUGGCAAGGCGGGCGCUGGAACAGGCGCCAACAUUGCAAAGUGA